UUUAAGGUCAAAGUUCGUUAGCUGCUAGAAAACAACCGGUUAGCCUAGUAGCUCAGGAGGAAAAGACAGGCAAAAUGGAUGUAAAUCAGACAAAACAGGAACAUCUACUUGCUCUAAAAGUGAUGCGCUUAACUAAACCGACUCUGUUCACAAACCUCCCAGUGACGUGUGAAGAAAGAGAUCUGCCCGGAGAUUUGUUUGGUCAGCUGAUGAGGCAGGACCCAUCCACCAUCAAAGGAGCAGAGACCCUGAUGCUGGGAGAGAUGCUCACACUCCCCCAGAACUUUGGAAACAUUUUUCUUGGGGAGACGUUCUCCAGCUACAUCAGUGUUCAUAACGACAGCACCCAGAUUGUGAAAGAAAUUCUAGUGAAGGCAGACCUGCAGACGAGCUCGCAGAGGCUCAACCUCUCGACGUCGAACUCUGCUGUGGCGGAGCUCAAACCCGAGUGCUGCAUCGACGACGUCAUCCACCACGAAGUUAAAGAAAUCGGCACACAUAUUUUAGUGUGUGCAGUCAGCUACACCACGCAGCUUGGGGAGAAGCUCUAUUUUCGCAAGUUUUUCAAAUUCCAGGUUUUGAAGCCGCUGGAUGUGAAGACCAAGUUCUACAACGCAGAGAGCGACCUCAGUUCUGUGACAGACGAAGUGUUUCUGGAAGCUCAGAUUCAGAACAUCACCACCUCGCCCAUGUUCAUGGAGAAAGUGUCUCUAGAACCCACUAUUAUGUACAACGUUACAGAGCUCAACACAGUCGCCAGUGGGGACGAUGGAGAGUCGACGUUUGGGAAAAUGUCCUACCUGCAGCCGAUGGACACGCGGCAGUACCUGUACUGCCUGAAACCGAAGGCAGAGUACGCGGAGAAGGCCGGCGUCAUCAAGGGCGUCACCAUGAUUGGCAAGCUGGACAUCGUGUGGAGGACCAACCUCGGGGAGAAGGGGAGGCUGCAGACAAGUCAGCUGCAGAGAAUGGCUCCGGGGUACGGAGACAUCAGGCUGUCCUUGGAGAUCAUCCCAGACACCGUAAACCUGGAGGAACCUUUCGACAUCGUUUGUAAAAUCACAAACUGCAGCGAGAGAACCAUGGAUCUGGUGGUAGAAAUGUGCAACACGCGGUCGAUCCAUUGGUGCGGUAUAUCGGGGCGCCAGCUGGGUAAACUCAGCCCGGGCGGCUCCCUCUUAGUGCCCCUCACCAUCUUCUCCUCCGUUCAGGGCCUGCAGAGCAUUUCUGGACUCAGACUCACAGACACGUUUCUAAAGAGGACCUACGAAUACGAUGACAUCGCACAAGUGUGCGUGAUUUGUCCGUACACCUCCAACGAAUGCUAGUGACUUUGACUUUUUUUUUUUGCAUUUUAGAAUGGACCAACUGUGGAACUCUGCACUUCAUAUUUGACUCUUUGUGCAAGCUAAGGGGAUGAUACUGUAUUUUAAAAUGAAUUGUGAAUUAUAUAAACUUUUUUUCCUUAAACAAAAUCAUGUAAAUGUGUAAUAAGUGUUAAUAAAUUCUCUGUGAACUUUC